AUGGCUCAGAUCAACAUCACGUUCCUGCCUGUGCUUGAACAAGGCAGUUCGCAACGGGUGCGCGAGCUACACCAGGCGACCGCUAGGUCUCAUGCGGCCAGACUAUCGCACAAGUGGCGAAAGCAGAAGCGAUCCGACGUGGAGAACGCGAACCGCCAACGUCAGCAUGUUGCCGAGGAGUCACAGCCGCCAGGCGCGAGCGAGGCAGCAUGGAACCAGGCCUUGGUCUCGCCGGGUCUGGUUUCGAUCCUGCAAAAGGGCAACUCGGACCCAUUCAACGCCCUCGCGAUCCAUGUCACCCCGCGCGUCAACCAGAUCUUGACCUUCUUUAAGCACGGCUAUCUGCCGAUGAUCUAUCCGGCCUUCAUGGGCUCGGAGGAUGCCAUCCGACGGAUCGAGGCGUUGCAGAAUCAGGAAUACCGAGACGGGGUCCUGGCGCUCCGCCUUGAGUGCAGCGCCCAAGCUCUCCUCUUCAUCAACGUGGCCUUCAUGAUCAAAAUCAGCCCCCAUCGGGGUUUGGAGGACGAGGCGCUCCUGCUCAAGCACCAAAGCAUCAAGGCUCUCCGCCGGGAAUUGGUCAAGGGCAGCGCCGGCCAGACCCAGUCCCUCGUCCUGGACAGCGUGUCGAUGCUGUUCCGCGGGGCUCUGAUUGCCGGAGACCUGGACGAAGCGGCGCUCCACGCCAACACGUUGCGAAAGCUGCUCGAGCAAAAGUACGACCAGGAGGGCGGCGUGGCCGACCUCGGCUUCCUCCUGCGCGUCCUCUACCAGAACAAGCAGCUGUCGGUCUUCCGCUUCUCACUCUCCGCCUUCGACGUCGAGGAAUGGGUCCCCAAAGUGCUCGCGGCCUAUCUCGAGCCGUCCAAGGCCUACCUGGAACCCUACCGGCAAGCCAUGCUCCGCCGACUCGACCCCUGUGUCUCUGCGAAGCCACUCCGCGCCUUGUUCGUCGAGAUGCUCCUCGGGGACCACAUGCUGGGUCUGCCCGCGGAAUCGCAUCCGGGGGAGCAGCUGUUCGGCAUGGUCCAAGUCUGGAUCCACAUCCAGGGCACCAUCCUGCACAGCCGCCUGGUCGACUUCAUCCUGAAGACCUCGGCCUUGCACGGCCUCGACUUCGACCCGGCCACGGAACCGCCGCUGCCGAGCCCGCGCCAGAACCUCUACUGGCAGACCCAGCGGGUGCUCGCGCUCACGUUCCUGAUCAUGUUCGAGUUCAACCGGACGAACCUGGAGUCCGUGCAGACCGUCUUCGUCAACGCGCGGGACUUCCUCGCCCGCCUCAGAUCCGCCCUGUCGCUGACCAUGCACGCUGCAGAGCUCGCUCGUCACCCCACUGACGGCUCCAGUCGCGAGAGUGACUUCACGGGAGGACCACCUCACGGCGAGCACCACAACGCCCUGCUCUACGCUCUUUGCGUCGGCAGCUGGACGGAGAAAAAACACAAUCCCACGUCCUUACCGUACCACGGCAACGGCGAUGGUACCGGAAACAGGGGCAGCGGCAGCAGCGGCAACGGUGACGAUAGUGGCAACCGCAGUGGCAGCGGCGGCGGCGGCACUGACCUUGGCAAUGAGGACGACAAUACCUGGUGGUUCGCGACGAACCUCGCGCGGCAUGCAAGACAGAUUGGUUUGACGGACUGGCAGGAGGUGAAAAGCAUCUUGCACUGUUUCUACGACGUCGAUGCGUACAUGCCCGGUCUUGACAAGUGGGUGAAUCAACUCCUUGCUGGGGGUACCUAGAUGAUCGGUACGAGGAGGAUGGCAGUAAGUGAGUCCAGCCAUUCCACCACGUGUUAGAUGAGGUGAUUGAUUGAUUGAUUGAUUGAUUGAUUGAUCAGCCAGCUAUGUAGCCGUGAUUAUAUGCCGCAGAGUUAUUACCCUCAGGGAUGUGGGUGGACGGACAGAUGGGUUAGGCGAUGCUGGGACUGGGGAAAAAAAA